AUGUUAAAAAAUAAUUAUAACCCUGAUAUUAGUGAUGAUGAUUAUAUAAGUGAACAAAUUUUUCAAGGAUCUAAUAAAACUAUAUUAACAGUUGAAUCUAUUCACGUGGUUAAAGGUAUUGAUAAAGGAAUUAAGAAAAAAAUAGAAGAAGGAAAAGUAUAUUUAAAUGAUAUAAGUCCAGUAAAGAAUGCUGAAAUUGAAGAAGCAUUUUUAAAAAGUUUAUGUGAUAAUGUUUCACAUAACAAAAAUGCUGAUAUUAAUGAUGAUGAAGAUUCAAAAGAAGUAAAUAUAAAAAUUGAAGAGAAUUACAGUUGUUUUAAUAUCGAUACUUCUAAAGUUUAUAAAGAAAGUUUAAACGAAAAAAUCUUUGAAAAUAUAUCGAAAAAUGAAAUUGAUAACAAUUACGAUAAAGAUGAAAUGAAUAAUUCUAAAAGUAGCUCUUCUGUUAGAAAAUUCUUUUCAUCGAAUAUAUCCAAUAAAUGUAUAUUGAAUGAUUUGCCUGAUAUUUUGGAAAAAGAGACAAUUGAUUAUAUUAAAAAAAAAGAAAAAAAAUUGCAAAAAAAAAGAUUAAAUGCUAAUUUAGAAGCUUUGCGUUUACAAUAUAUUCCAAUAAAUAAUGAUAAGUUUGCAAGUAUACCAAGAGAAAUUAAAGAAAAUAUUUUAGCAUUGUUUGCAUGCAUUAUAAUAAAACAUAUUGAUUCGUUUGAUGAUAUAGAAAUUCAAAAUCAUUUAGACGAUUUAUCAAAAAAUUUCUUAAAACAAUUAUCUGAUUUAUUAUUAAUUGAUCCUAUAGCUUAUCAAUGUAUAAUUAAACCCUUAGAGCAGAGAAAGCUUAUUAGAGAUAUAACAGGAGAUAAAAAAAUAUAUCAGUUAUAUGAAAAACCUUUUGUUGAUAAUUUAUUAAGCAAAAUAAAUCAACUUCAGCCAAAUAUUGACUUUCAAUUUAAAAAAGUUGUUGAAGAAUUAAAUAAUGAAAUGGAUUUUUGGCAGAAUGAUCAUAUUGAUGAUCAAAAUGAGGAAAUAAAUGAGGGUAAAGAUUAUAUUGAAGAUGAUGAUUUAGAAGAAGACGAAGAAAAAGAAUAUGAAGAGUAUGAAGUUACAAAAACAGAAAUGAAGAAUAAUCUUCCUUUAAAUAGUGAUUUUAUUGAAAAAGAAAAUGAUAAAAUAUGUAAUGUUGAAUCAAUAAAUAAUUAUUUUUCGUUGGAAAAAAAGGAAAAUAAUGAAAAUAUUAGUAUGAUUCAAUAUUGUAAUAAUAGAGAAGGAAUAAUGGAACAAAAAAAUAGUAUCAUUUGUAGCACAAGCUCUUUUAAUUCUCUUUAUAGAGAAAGUAAUAAUAAUUAUAAUAAUGAAAAAAAUAUUAAUAAAAGUGACGAUAAUGAGAAUGAUGAAGGUGAAGAUGAUAUAAAUGAAAAUAAAAGUGAAAAUAGUUUGAACGAAAAAUAUAAUAAAAGUAGCAAUAAUAAGAAUUGUGAAUAUGAAGAGGAUUCAAAAGAAAAUGAUGAAAAUAAGAGUAAUGAAAGUAAUAAUAACGAAAGUAAUAAUCAAGAUAAUUCUAGUAAAAUAAUUAAAAAUAAAGAUAUAAAUGAAAGUAAAAAAAUAUUAAAUGAAAAUUUUGUUAGAGAAUACAUAGAUGAAAAUUCUGUGAAAAAAUCAAAAGUAGAAAAAAAUAAUAAAAAAAAUGAUACAGUUGAAUCUGAAAGUUUCUACGAUGAGAGUGAUAUUGAGAAACAUUUGAAGCAUGGGGUUCCUAUGAAAAGUCCAGAAGUAAAAUCGGUUAUAUUGAGAGAUUUAAUUACAACAUAUAUAAUGACGGGAAAUAAUAAUGCAAGAAUACAAUUGUAUUUUCAAAGGUUUGCAAAAUGCUUAAAAAUUAAUGAACUGUUAAUAUUAAGAAUAGAGGAAAAUCUUGCUGCAGAUUUAAUAAGUGCUCUGCAGGCUUCUACUAAUGAAACAUCAAAAAAAAAAAAAAUUAGAAGAAUUAAAAUAGCUUUUGCUGCAUUAGGAGGUGGAGCUUUAAUAGCAUUCACAGCUGGUUUAGCUGCCCCAGGGAUAAUUGCAGGGUUAACAGCGUUAGGUGCUGGUGGUAGUAGCUUAACUGCUUUUUUAGCAUCGGCUAGUGGUUUAGCUUUUAUUGUUUCAUUGUUUGGUGCUGGUGGAGCAGGACUAACUGGUUAUAAAUAUAGUAGAAGAAUAGCUAAUAUAAAAACAUUUGAAUUUAUUAUGCUAAAUGGUAAUAUUUCUAAAUCAUUAAGUGUAUGUGUUUGUGUAAGUGGGGAAAUCCAAAGUGAUGAUGACAUAACUCAGCCAUGGUUAAAUGUUUUUCCAAAUUGUUAUUGUGAUUUAUAUUGCUUGAAAUGGGAGAAUCAUUUAUUAAAAACAUUAGGCUCUUUAAUUGAAACUAUGUUAUCUCAGGAAUUUGCUAUUACGGCUAGUAAAAUAUGGCUACAAUAUACUAUAGCUAGUACUUUAAGUGCUGCUUUAACGUGGCCUUUAGCUCUUAUUAAAUAUGCUUCAAAUUUAGAUAAUGUCUACUUAUUAAUAAGAGAAAGAGCUCAACAAGCUGGUAGAAUUUUAGCUGACGCAUUAAGUGAUAAAAAUACAGUUGGCCAAAGGCCAGUUAUUUUAAUUGGUUAUUCUGUUGGUGCUCGUGUUAUUUUUUAUUGCUUAAAAUAUUUAUAUUCCAAAAAAUUAUAUAAUAUUGUAAGUAAUGCUAUUUUUAUUGGAUUACCUGCAACAACUAGUGCAAGAGUUUGGGAGAAAAUUCGAAUGGUUGUAACAAAUCGUGUAAUUAAUGUAUACUCAAAAAAUGAUUGGUUACUAGGAUUUUUGUAUAGAUAUAUGGAAUGGAAGAUAAAUGUUGCAGGCUUAAUAUCUGUGAAAGUUCCAAACGUAGAAAAUUAUGAUGCAAGUGGUAUCAUACAUAGUCACUUAGAUUAUAAAAGGAAGUUAAAAGAUAUUUUUAAUUUAAUAAAUUUUGAUAUGUGA